GGAAGAAAGUAGGGAGCGCGCAGUUACUCGCGAGUUGCGAAUUAUUGUGUUCGAUGUCCCUUAGUCAGUCCCUCAGUUGCUAUCGAACGUUCGGUGGGAAACGACUUCCGAAAUUCUCUAUAGUUUAAAAUGGUGCGUGAUACGAACAUGGAAAAACUCCAAGACCUUGCGACCAGGCUUCGUAUUCAAUGUAUUCAAGCAACUGAGGCAUCAAAAAGCGGACAUCCAACAUCAUGUUCUUCUAUGGCAGAGAUUAUGUCCGUUUUAUUCUUUCACACAAUGCGUUACAAAGUAUCGGCACCGCGUGAUCCAAGCAGUGACAGGUUUAUACUGAGCAAAGGUCAUGCAGCACCUAUUCUUUAUGCAGCAUGGGCCGAAGCAGGACUUUUCCCAGCAAGUGAAUUAUUAAAUUUAAGAAAAAUUGAUAGUGACUUGGAAGGACAUCCUACUCCAAGACUAAACUUUGUUGAUGUGGGGACUGGUUCUUUGGGACAGGGCCUUUCAGUUUCUGCCGGAAUGGCCUACGUAGGAAAAAAUUUUGACAAAGCAAAUUAUCGCGUAUAUUGUUUAAUUGGUGAUGGAGAAGCAGCUGAAGGUUCAGUAUGGGAAGCACUUCACUUUGCUUCUUACUAUAAGUUGGAUAAUCUUUGUGCUAUCUUUGAUAUUAACCGUCUGGGUCAAAGUGAACCAACAUCUCUUCAACAUAAUAUGGAAGUCUAUCGCAAAAGACUUGAAGCUUUUGGUUUCAAUGCAUUGGUGGUUGAUGGUCAUGACGUAGAAGAGUUGGCCAAGGCCUUCCAUGAAGCACAAAAUACAAAAGGGCGACCUACUGCCAUUCUAGCAAAGACGUUUAAGGGCAAAUAUUUCCCUAAUAUUGAAGAUCAAGAAAAUUGGCACGGAAAGCCACUUGGCAAUAAAGCAAACGAAGUCAUUCAACAUUUGACUGGAAUGUUGAAAAAUCCAGGUCCUUUAGGAUUGCAUCCUCAAAAACCAUUAGUCAACGAUGCUCCAGCCGUAGAUCUUAGUAAUAUUAAAUUAGCAUCGCCUCCGAACUACAAAUUAGGAGAACAAGUUGCUACCAGAUUGGCUUAUGGUACUGCUUUAGCUAAGCUGGCAAAGAACAAUCCUCGCGUCGUUGCUCUGGAUGGAGACACAAAGAACUCUACGUACGCAGAGAAAAUCAAGACAGUUGACCCAACUAGAUUUAUCGAAGGGUUUAUUGCUGAGCAGAAUGUUGUAGGAGUAGCAAUCGGUGCAGCAUGCAGAGACAGAACAGUCGCAUUUGUAUCUGCGUUUGCUACUUUCUUCACUCGUGCCUUUGAUCAGAUUCGAAUGGGCGCUAUUUCACAAACGAAUGUCAAUUUCGUUGGUUCUCAUUGCGGUGUUUCGAUCGGAGAGGACGGCCCUUCGCAAAUGGGUCUGGAAGAUAUAGCUAUGUUCCGUACAAUUCCUGGUUCUACCGUCUUUUACCCAUCCGAUGCUGUUUCUGCGGAACGUGCCAUUGAAUUAGCAGCUAAUACAAAGGGUAUUUGUUUCGUACGCACAUCUCGUCCUGCCACGGCAGUUAUAUAUGAAAACGAAGAACCUUUUGCCAUUGGCAAGGGCAAAGUGGUUAAAUCUUCUCCUAAAGAUCAAGUUCUCGUGGUUGGAGCUGGUGUAACUUUGUACGAAGCACUUAAAGCUGCUGAUGAAUUAUCUAAAGUAGGAGUAAAUGUUCGAGUGAUCGAUCCAUUUACAAUUAAACCACUUGAUGCUCAAUUGAUUGUAAAGAACGCCAAAGAAGUUGGAGGUAGAAUCGUUACUGUUGAAGAUCAUUAUGCGGAAGGUGGUCUAGGGGAAGCAGUUCUUUCGGCGGUUGCUCUGGAAAGAAAUGUUGUAGUUAAGAAGCUAGCUGUUACUGAAGUACCACGUUCUGGCCCUCCAAAUGUGUUGUUGGAUAAAUAUGGAAUUAGUGCAAGCAAAAUUGUUGCUGCGGUUCAAGAAAUAUUGAAAUUGUAAUCGUAGUGAUUAUAUAAAGGUACUGGUAUCGUUUUGAUGUUAAAGAAAUUACACAAAAUCAACUGCCAUAUCGAUAUGUACGCAAAGCUACAUAAUAUUUUGAAAAACACAUAUAUGAGGAAAACAGUGCAUUCCGUUUGUAAGCAUUUACCGUACGUUUAAAACGUCGAAAAUUUUGUUCUUGUUAUUAUAUUAGAGAAGAUGGUAGAAAAAGAUUGUUCUUCUUUGUACAUAUACGUUUCAAAAGAAAAAUAUUAGACUUGAAAAUUGUAUCAAAUUUUGAUACUGAAGAAAUAUAAUUUUAUAUGAAAGUUUGAUACGUAUACUGUUUAUAGAUUAACACUAUUUUGGAAUUAUCAUUCUACACAUAAGUAAAUAGAUAUAUCUGCAACAAGAAUUUUUUAUUAACUUUAUCGAUACCUACUACCUCAGGCGCACAAUUUUUUGAUGUUAAAUGUUAUAUUAAAUACAAAUAAAAGUUUUAUGAGGACGUAAA